AUGCGCACCGGAGAACCACCAGUGAUCGAUUUUGGGCCAUAUUAUGGCUCCGAUACCGAAGCUAAGAAGAACCUUGUGCAAGAAGUCCGGCAUGCUUGUGAGCAAUUUGGCUUCUUCCAGCUCGUCAACCAUGCCAUCCCGUCAGAUCUCCAAGGGCAAGUCCUUGAACAAAGCAAAGACCUGUUCGAGCUUCCACUAGAGACCAAGCAAAAAUACGAUAAAGAAGUCGAAGGUUACCAGCGUGGCUACGAAUGUCUUCGGUCGCAGAACUUCGAGAAAAGGACCAUGGGAGACCUCAAAGAAGGAUACUACUUGGGAAAGAAUCUGCCAUCAGAUGAUCCAUUCGUGGUUGAAAGAAGAUUUGGCCAAGCCCCGAACAAAUAUCCGACAGAACUCCAUGAUCCACCAAAGUUCCAAAGUGUCAUGGAAGAGUAUCACUCUGUUAUGAGCACUUUCGCAACUAAUCUCAUGCAAGUCAUGGCGCUCACAUUGAAUUUGAAUGAGGACUUCUUUGAUGAGUUUUGCGACCAUCCGGUUGCUGUGCUUCGACUGCUGCAUUACCCGCCGCAGGAUCCAACUACAGUGGAGACUGAGAGAGGUAUCGGCGCCCAUACCGACUUCGGCGCAAUCACUAUUCUUCUACAAGACAACACCGGCGGACUACAGGUAUGGAACAACACCUCAUCCGAAUGGGUUGACGUGACUCCCAUUUCCGGGGCUUACGUGGUCAACCUGGGCAAUUUGAUGAUGCAAUGGACGAAUGAUCGCUACUUGUCCAACCUUCAUCGAGUCAUCAACAAAAGUGGGGAUGAGAGAUUCAGCGUUCCCUUCUUCUUCUCCGGUAACCCGAACUUCACAGUCGAGUGUCUUCCAAGCUGUAUCGAUUCCGAAAAGGGCGCAAAACAUCCCCCCGUUAUGGUUCAUGAUUGGAUGGUUGGCCGCAUUGCAGAUACCUACGGCUGUUCGCAUUAUAAAGCGAUUGGUGACUUGCGGCAAGAGCUUGCGAAUAGCAUGGAGACGAGGUAA